GGCGUUCAAAUAUUGUUGCAGUAACGAAAUCUUUUGUAGAACGACAGCAAUUUGUUAGUGAUUCAAUUUCUUUGCAUUUAUUUAUAAUUUUUGAAAUAUUUCCCAAAAAUGGAUUCUAAAGAUUUUCAAAAAGACUUACUUCCCCUAAACGAAAGUAAAAGUGAAUGGUUCCUGGUGCAAUACGACCAGGAUGCACAAAAAUUAACCCGCAAAAUUGUCAACUCCGAUGAUUUAAUGUGGAAUGAGGAAUUGCUGAAGGUCGAGUCUGACAACGAUGGUCAAAAGAAAAAGGAACAUGUGCUGAUACGUGAUCAGAAUAAACUGCACUUGGGUCACAUCAUUUACCGGGCAAAGACGCUGGAGGAAUGCAUCGAUCAUCAUACAUAUUUACAGAUAAUAUGUAUGCAAUUGCUCCAUACACCCCACGAGGUUAACGAUAUCAUGGAUCGUUUACAUUUCAAUAAUAACUUCUGGCUCUUGGUCAUGUACAGUCGUAGCCCGAAAAAAGAGGAACAAGUAGUCUAUGCCGUCUUUCACAGGAACGAUGUCAUUAUGAAGGUGGACUCGCAUACAAACGCUCUGAUGGCAUUCGUUCAAGAGGGACCGGCAACAUUCAAGGGAAUGGUUGUGAAAAUAUCCAAUGAUUUGAGCGAUAUGAUGUUUGUCAUCGACAUAAUCCGAAAUGAGCUGCUUAAGUCAUGUGAAGAGAAUGCCACCACGAAGCCCCAUUACAAGCGUCAAGAGUUUAAGGAGAAAAUUGCAAUAUUGGAUUUUCGGAUGCACUGCGAAAGUCAAUUGCUGAUCAAGGCCAUACAGGCGGUGGACAGGAGUAAGACCCGUAUGGAAUAUCGUUACAUGUAUUUGCAACAUCUUUACAAUAUGAGCCAACAACAGCAACUGCAGCAGGAACAACAACAACAACUACAGCAACCGCAGCAAUGAAUGUGGUAGGAAGCCAUGCAAACGAAAUUGCAACAACAACGAAUGACAACAACUGUCUAACAGUGAAGUUGGGAACCAAGUUCGAAACAAGAUUUUUUUUUAGUUUAAGGAAACAACAAAAAAGAGGAUAUUCUUUUUUAACAAUAAGGAUAUGUGUCUAUAUUAGUUUAGUUAUCCUUCGGAUAUGUAUAUUAUGCUCUGUGUGUCUGUGUCUUUGUGUGCCGAAUAAAUAAGCUAAUCCCUGAGCAGAUGUCAAUACAUUUUUCUCAAUAAAGUCUUUGAGAUUUGUUGCUCUUUCUCUCUCACUCUC